UACACUAAUUUUUUUCUCCUCCUAAUUUUUUCCGACCGGCAAUCGAGGGCCUCCAGCUCCAAAUUCCUCGCCGCCACAUCUUCGGAGCCAGAGCCGGCUCCGGCCCGGAUCUAAUUCUUCCAUGUCCAUCCUUUGGAUUUCCCCAAUUUUAUGAACCCUAAUUUACUCUUCUGUGCACUUCCAGUGACAUUUUCCCCUAUUUUUUGAAAAAGCGGGAAAAAUCUUUUUUAGGGGAAUUUCGUCUGUUUUCGCGGGAGGAGGCUUGUUUGAGUGGGCUAGUGCCUCUGGUACAGUGAGAUUUGCCCACAGGUAUUGGAACGUUGACAUUGUUGCUAAAUUAUUAAGGAACGUGGAAAUGUGGAUAUGUUUGAGAAUGUGGCUUCAUGAGCUGUUAAGAACAACAACUCACUGGUCGUAGCCUUUUUUGUCUCCGUGUUCUUAGUCUUUCACUGAUUUAGAUUUGUAAAUGGAAGUAAACAAAGAGGAGGCUCUUAAAGCAAAAGAAGCUGCAGAGAAGCGUUUUGCCAAGCGAGAUUACAAUGGGGCUAAGAAUUAUGCGUUGAAGGCUAAAACUCUGUUCCCAGAGAUGGAUGGGAUAUCUCAAAUGGUGGCAACUUUUGAUGUUUAUGUUGCUUCUGAGAUUAGGUGUAAUGGGGAGAUAGAUUAUUAUUCUAUUCUAGGAUUAAAGCCUUCUGCCAAGGAAGAGGCUAUUAAAAAACAGUACAAGAAGAUGGCCGUGUUGCUACAUCCUGACAAGAACAAGACCGUCGGGGCCGAUGGCGCGUUUAAGCUCGUUUCUGAAGCAUGGGCUCUACUUUCGGAUAGUUCCAAGAGAAAUGCAUAUGAUAUCAUGAGAACCACACAAUUGGUAUCUGGAGUCAACCAGCCACACUUAUCUUCAGCUCAUGGUUCUGCGGCUACAAGUUUUAACAACUAUACUAAUCUGUCCAUGUCCCACGGUAGACUUGAUACCUUUUGGACUGUAUGCACUUCUUGUAAAGUUCAAUAUGAGUAUCUUCGGAAAUACGUGAACAAGAAACUUCGGUGCAAGAAUUGUCGUGGCGUUUUUGUUGCUGUCGAAACUGGUGCUGCCCCUGUGAAUGGUUCUUUUCCUUACUGCUCUUGGUCGAAUGUGGCUGGUAAUCGAUAUGGAAGUCAUGGAUUUGAGGGAGUUACGUAUAUCCCAGGAGAUACUAGCUUUUUUACUGGGCAUGGCUACGAAUAUGUUUCGAACAUGUCGUUUCAGUGGAACUCGUCAUCUGGAGUUUACACUCAAAGCUUGGGCUCAAAUGGACUGUCGUCGGUGCCUAUUGAUAAUGUUGGUCAAACCAAUGGACAUUUCAGUACGUCAGGAGUGAAAGACAAGGCUAGAGUCAAUGGAAAGCGCGCUACGAAAAACAAGGGGGGCAAUAUGAAUGCUAGCACACCCUUCGGCUGUAAUGAGAUUUUGGGAUCUGAUAGCAAUGGAGGUGAUAAGAGAAGGAAGGUAGUCGUGGAAGCCGGGUUGAGAAACGGCUAUAUGGAGAAGGGACCGCUGCCUGGUUCAGAUUCACCAUUGGCUAAUGGAAAUGUUAGUGUUAAGCAUGAGCCUGUAGGUUCUUCCUCUCCAACUGAGGCUUCAGCUAAGCGCACCCCUAUUCCUCCUGCAUUUGACGCCAGAAAGCUGUUAAUUGAGAAGGCAAGGACUGAAAUUCGCAAGAAACUGGAAGAGAUAAGGAUUUCUUCAGCCAAUGCUGCUGCACUUGAGAAAUCAAAGACGGAGCCACCUCAAGUCGGUCGGGUUGGAAAGACUGGACGAGCACCUAAAACAGCUAAUUCUGAGGUAUCCGGCCGUUGGUUAAAGAAAGAUAGAGCUGGACCAAUCUCAAUAAACGUACCUGAUUCCGACUUCCACGAUUUUGACAAGGAUCGCUCAGAGGAAUGCUUCAAAGCAAAGCAAAUAUGGGCUCUAUACGACGAAGAAGAUGGUAUGCCUCGCUUGUACUGUCUGAUUCGCGAGAUCAUUUCAGUUAAACCAUUUAAGAUUCUUAUUAGUUACUUAAACUCCAAAACUGAUACGGAAUUUGGAUCAGUAAACUGGUUGGAAUAUGGAUUUACAAAAUCAUGUGGAAAUUUCCGUGCUUGGAACUCUGAUGUUAUUGAACAUAUCAACAUCUUUUCUCAUGUCUUAAGCCGUGAAAAAGCUGGCCGGGGUGGCUGUGUUCGGAUAUAUCCUAAAAGAGGAGACAUUUGGGCUGUAUAUCGAAACUGGUCGACAAGCUGGGACAGAUCAACACCCGAUGAAGUGAGGCACCGAUACGAAAUGGUCGAGGUUCUUGACGAUUACUCGGAGGAGCUUGGUGUCUGCAUCUGUCCCCUUGUCAAAUUAACUGGAUUCAAGACGGUAUAUCAAAGAAAUGCAGACAAAGAUGCCAUUCGAUGGAUUCCCAGGAAAGAGAUGCUACGAUUUUCACACCAGGUACCCUCUUAUUUACUCAAGGGAGAAGCCAGCAACUUGCCUGAGUAUUGUUGGGAUCUUGAUCCGGCCGCCACUCCCGACGAACUUCUCCACACUGCAAAAGAAAAUGAAGGGUUGACUGAAACCAGUUGAGUUUAGCUGGAAAAGAAAAGGAAGAUGAUAAUGGGUUGGAGUCAAUCUGAACUGUCUUAACCAAAGUUAGGUCUAACUGUACAAAUAUGUCUCAAGAGUUUGGCCAAAUGCCAUUACAGACAAGACGAGUAAUCUACGGUUGAUUCGGAUUAAUGUGUGCCGAGUCGAGUCGAGUCGUUCCUUUGACGACGAAUCUAGCUUCAAGUGAAUGCUUUUACAGAAGAAGAAAGCAACUUUGAGGCUUGUUAUCCUGCACUGCAGCACAACCAUACAAUUAUUAUGCUACGUUCCCUGCCUUGUUAAUCAGAAGAGCUUUGCUUUUUUUUUUUUCUUCUUCUUUUUCCAGAUUAGCUGUUCUUACUUUGUUCUAAUGGAAAUGAACGAGAACUUGGUUGUUUAAUCUCUUGAUUUUGUUGUAAAAUUUGAAGCUUCAAUGCUUUGAGGUCUCAUUUCAUACGACAAAACUACUGUUCAUCUG